AAAGUAAAAAAACAUGUAAAAGGAGCUAUCAGAACAUAGCAAGGAUGUGAAAGAUGCAGGCCAAAUUGCCUGACCAAAGAACCUCAGUUUUUCCUUUAAUAAAAGGAGGGAUGGAUAAAGUCUAGCCUCAUUGAAUCAGAAAAGACCCGGAUUUCCAAAAGGACACGGGUAAUGUUCACAGUUCGGGUAAAGGCUCCCUAAUGUGCAAGAUCCGGGAACCGGUCCGUUUGUAACGGCAACGAGUCGUCGGUCCAAAGCGAGCGCCUUUGUCUUCUUACUUGGAGCGGCUGGAGGAGACAUUGGAAAAUGUUCCUUUAAAUGCCCGGGAGCGCUCCGUGUCACGAGAAGCAGCUCCGCGCUCGCGGGGGAGAUGUUCCGGCGGAGCCGAUCCCGCGCCCGCCUUCUGUCCUGCCCCGGGAGAAGCGCCGCCCGCUCCGGCCUCGCCACCGCCCGAGCUCGAGCCGCCGGCCGCCGGAGCAGCGCUGCCCAGCCGCUAGGCCCGCACCGAGGCGGGAGAGAGCGCCGGGCCCUCGCGGCUCCGGGCUCGGGCCGCGGCGGCGGCGGCGGGCCCGAGCGAUGGAGGGGCAGAUGGCGGGGCUGUACGACCUGGGGCGCCGGCUGGGCAGCGGCCACUUCGCCGAGGUGCGGCUGGCCCGGCACGUCUUCACGGGCGAGCGGGUGGCAGUCAAGGUGAUCGAGAAGGGCCGGCUGGGCGGCGCGGCGGCGGCGCGGCUGCGGCGCGAGGUGGGCUGCAUGAAGCUGGUGCAGCACCCCAACGUGGUGCGCCUCUACCAGGUGCUGGAGACGCCGGCCCGGCUCUACCUGGUGCUGGAGCUGGGCGACGGCGGGGACCUCUUCGACUUGCUCACGCGGCGCCCGGGCGGGCUGGCGGAGGCGCGGGCGAAGGGCUACUUCGCCCAGGUGGUGCACGCCAUCGCCUACUGCCACCGGCUGCACGUGGUGCACCGCGACCUCAAGCCGGAGAACGUGCUCUUCUUCCAGCAGCAAGGGGUGGUCAAGCUCACCGACUUCGGCUUCAGCAGCUGCUUCCAGCCGGGCACCAUGCUGGCCACCAGCUGCGGCUCCCUGGCCUACUCGGCCCCCGAGAUCCUGCUGGGCGAGGAGUACGACGCCCCCGCCGUGGACAUCUGGAGCUUGGGUGUCAUCCUUUAUAUGCUGGUCUGUGGACAUCCCCCUUUCCAGGAGGCCAACGACAGCGAGACCCUGACCAUGAUCCUGGAUUGUCGCUAUGUGAUACCAUCGGGCAUCUCCCUCCUGUGUGCAGACCUUAUUGCCCAGAUGCUGCAACGGGACCCCAAGCAAAGAGCGUCCUUGGAGCUAAUUGAAAACCACCCGUGGCUCCAGGGGGUGGACCCCUCCCCAGCCAGCCGCUCUCUUCUGCCGCUGACAUCGCACAGGAGGGUUUUGGCGGAGGAGCACGAGACCAUCAUCCAGACAAUGAUGUGUGGCCACAUUGCAGACCGAGAAACCAUCGAGGAAUCCCUGGAGGCCAAGCACUACAAUCACAUCACUGCCACCUACUUUCUGCUGGCUGAACGGAUUCUGCGCGAGAAGCAGGAGAAGCAGAGCCUGGCUGAGCAGCUCCAGAGCAGGAGCCCACCAGGUGAGUCCUGUCCUCCUCUGCCCACAGAGCUGCCCCCAGCCACCAAGAGCGCUCUGGAAAAUGUCGCUGCGGAGUAUGCCGGGAAGCCUCUCCUCUCCCGCUCAGCCUCCAGCGAGGGCAAGUCCUCUUCCAGCUUCCACAGAUGCGGGCAGCCUCUCCGAGCCCUCAUCCAGCCCUGCCUCAUGGAGACCGGCAUUGCCAAGAGCACCCUCGCCUUGCAGCAGAUUUCAGAGGAGGAGGAGGAGGAGGAGGAAGAGGCAGAAGGGAAGCCGGGCCUCUCUCGACGGCGGACCUCCUCCUUGAACCAAGAGCAGAUGAGCCGCUUCCAGAGCACCGCAUCAUCGUCCCUGCUCUUCUGCCGGGCCCUUGCAGCCCACUACAAAGUGGGGAAGAGCCUCAUCCCUGCACAGGCCAAGUCCUCCUGCCCUGAACAAGGGCCUGGGAUCACUCCGACAGCUCCGCUGGAGCAAGCAUUCCCGAGCAGCCAGCCAGGGACAGGCCGAGCCCCCCAGAUGGAGGAGUCAGGCAACAGCCUCAGCUUACAAGUGGGGGGAAGGUCUGCUGAACCCCCAGAGGAAGCUACCCCACUAGACAGCCAGGGAGGGGGCACUGUUAGACCAGGGGUGGAGCUUGGUCAAAUUGAGCCCCUCCUGGCAGAGGAAGAGGAGCAGAGCGACCUUCUUCCAUUGAGGGAAGGAGAUCCUGUCGAGCAGGGGCUCUUGGAGGUUGGGGAGGAGAGCCCCCAGACCCAGAGCACCACAGCUCUUCUGCAGGGUGGCCGUAGCCCAGGAACGCCUGGAGCCGAUGUGCUGGGAGCAGAGGGCAAGGGCCUGGAGCUGGGGCCUCCCCACUGGGCCAAAGCCUGCUGCAAUGCCCAGAGCAAUAGCAGCGGCCAUGACAGCCUCGCAGACAGCAUCAUCAAGCUGGAUCCAGCCAAAGGCAAGAACGCUAACCUGAAGGAUCGGCUCCUGCAGUUCCCGCUCUGUGAAAAGGCCCUGGCCUUCCGGAUGCAGCCCAGCUCCAGGGAGAGCCUGCUGUCCUUGGGGCAGUUCAACUGCUGCCACGUCAUCUAGGCGUGCAAGAGAGAAGAGCCAGGAGAGCAGGGCAAUGGCCGUUUCCAGUUGCCAAGGUCUGUGCUUGGCUGCCUGCAUCCUCUCUCAGGAGGGGCUUCCUGUGUGAGAAUGCCAACCAAGCAGCUCCCGGCAUCCACAUGGCAUCUUUGGCCGGGGUUUCCCCUUGUGUCCUACUGCACUCACAAUUUCUCACACAAACCCUCUUUCUGAGGGCUGAUGGAGGAAGUCUUAGCUUGCUCUGGUGUAACUGGAAGCUCUGGAGAACGUUGAAACUGGAAGAAAGCCAAGGCUGCGCUCUUGAGAGUUGAAAGUGAACUUCGGAUGUCCACUGACCCUGGAGGUCUUGGAGAAGCAUUUCCAGGAGAUGCAGGGUCUCUCCAUGCCUCUUUAGGCUUCCUAGUUUAACUUAAGGUAAUUGGCCUACUACACCUGGGGGAUUAUUUAUACCAGGCAGGCGGCGGGCUUGACUUUUCCCAGCAGAACCACCUGCUUGGAAGCGGCCCUGGCUGUCUCCCCUUUGUGGUGCCUCCAGGCCAGGGGAAGUCAUGCGCCUGCCCAACGUAUCCACCAGCAGCUAUUGAUGAGCUGGCAGCUGUGGAGGGCCUUGAUCCCUUUUGUCUCUGGAUGCCAUCUUUCCUUCCUGGCAGAGCAGCGGGCUUCCACCCUUUCUGGGCCUGCUCUCUUUCAUUCCGCCAGCUUCAGUUUUGGGAGCAUGCGCUCCUGUGGUUGCCACUUCAAAGCCCAGCUCACUCCUGGACCCAGGACCCGGCUGGGGAAAAAUGCAAGCACGGCAGACUCAGACUGGGGACACUGUGCAGGGUUAGGCCUGGUUGACUCCUGCCCUCCUUCCUGCCUCUGGUCUGUGGGGGACGAUGAGCCCUUCGGUCAGGCCUCUGUUGCUGCUGCUGUUCUUCCGUCCUGCCUUGCUCUGUCCUGACUGCCAAGGAGCGUGUGGGUCUUCCCAAACCACCAGGGAUCUCUUAACCCUUGGAGUGGGGCAGUAAUUGAAGUAUUUUAGCAUAAUAUAUAUUAAGGUUUAUCACCCAGCCUGAGUUGUCCCUAGGUGGCCAACACACCAUCUUCUCAGCAUGGACCAAGCUGUCUUGUUGCCCUCCUUUGCCUGCUGCGUUGGAAGAGGAGCCUGGAAGGCCCUUGCUGGGCAGAGAGCGCAGAAGAGGGCACUUCUCUUCCCCACUCAGUCUCCCGAGGCUCUGUGUUUCUCCCCUCUCCUGCCUGUGCCCAAACUCCCCUCCUCCCCCAGAGGCUUCUGGGGAAGAGCAGCUCCCCCCCUCUAUUUAUCCUCUUCUCUUGCUGGCAAGGAAUGGAUGGGGAGUGCUGAGGUCUUGGAGUUCUGUGUCAGGUGCAUUGAUGGAAUUGAAGGGAAAGCAAGGCCAACCCAAUAAAAUGAUCACUCUGGAUCCUGAAGCAACUUAUGGCUCUUCCUUGUCGAGGAAAAGCUGAGGAUUGGUACCACGGAGCCUGACUGAGCAGGCCCAAGGCCCUUGCUUUGCAGGCCAGCCAAAAAUCUCCCUCUCCACUGGGGAACCCAUCGUUUACCCCCCUAGGCCUUCAUCUGGUCCACCAGGGCCUCUGUCCUUCCCGGCUGCCACCCCAGAGGAGCCAUUUGAGGGAGAUCUUCCAUCUGAAGCCUGGAAGGGCUUUUCUGACUAAAGGUUCCCUUGUGAGGGGAACCGCACACCGGAGGCCUUUUGUGGCUCCUCUGAGACCAGAAGAAGAGCCAAAGGCCUCCCUGCUCUAGAUGCGUUUCAUUUGGCUGCUGAAUGAAGAAGCUUUGGACUCUCUGCUGUAUUGAAAACCACCCAUUCUGAUGAUAAAUUGUCCUUUGGAGGAAAAACUAAUACAUGAAGAUCAAACAACAGAAUUAUAUCGUUAGCCUGUUCUCUACCCAUCAACCUUUUGACUGAAUUGUCCCAGGGGCUCCUUCUGGUGGGAGGCUUUGGUUGUGGGGACUGUCCCAAGCUGGGUGGGUUCAUUUGAGGCCAGGCCUGUUGCUCCACAGGAAGGCUAAAACCUGGGGAAUAUCUGUCUUCCCUUGGCCAUCAGCUGGUCAUGCCUUCAAGCAUCCUGGGCUCUGUGGAGAUCUGCCAUAUCCAUCUGAUGCUGGAAUUCAGGGAUCGAUGUGGACCUUGGUUUUGGAUGCACCAGUGAGGUCUCUGAUUGUCAUAGCAGGUUUAUAUAAAUUUAGAGCUUAUUUACAUACGGCACAAGUUUUGGUUUAGCAAAAAUUAGUUAAAGAAUAUUACAGAACUAGAUUAAUUUUCAAAACAAGCAAAAAAACUUGCUAUAGUUGAGCAAUUCCCUUACGAAGAAACACUGCGAUGCAGGAUUGCUGUUUAACUGGAAGACUCCUGCCGUCCUGUUUUCUGAAGGACAAAUGUCACAGAAGUCUAAACUACUUAGGGUUUCUUGUUUGUUGCUAAUUUUGUGCUGACCUGGUGCCUGCUUGGAGUUUCCCUCACUAGGUUCUUUGCCAUUGUCUGCUUCCUGGGGCUGAUAGAAAGUGAUUGGCCCAGGGGCACCCAACUGGCUUUUUGCCUUUGUGUUCUUUCUAGGACUUGAACUCACGGUCUCCCAGUUUCUAGCCUUAUGCCUCAACCGCUAUACCAAACUGGCUCUUGUAGGCCUGGAAAGUCCCGGAAAGCUGAAGUUCCAAAGGUUUAAGGCCUAGUUAAAUAAAAGUUUAAAAUAUGUACCCAAAGUCUUUAGCAGGACUAAUGGAUAGGAAGAGACAUUCUCCUGCUAAAGAUGUCUCCAACGGAAAAAAGAGAAGGAGGCCUCUGUGUGUGUGUUAUGGAGUGUGGCAACCAGAACUCCAGAUAGCGUUGAAAGAGAUUCUGAAAACUUCACUUUUGGAAAUAAAAAUGAUGUGAGUUUUUGAAAAGCAGAUAACAGUAUCGCUGUACCAUUUCAACAAACCUUGGUAAAGAUCUCUGAUAAUAAUAAAAGGCCAAACAUACCUUCUACAUAAAGCAGCAAAUUAUAUCCUAUUCCUGCAGCGCAAUUACCUUGGAUAUCCCCACUGUCAUUAAACAUGCUAAAGGUUCUAAUGCUAAAUUAAAUAUUGAACAAGAUAGGGAAUAUUGGUGUGUUCUAUAUUUCCUGUGUUUACAUAAGAGACAAUCUUAUUAGCCUCUAGAAGCAGAAGGAUUUAAAAAUAUUGUUUUAUCCAAGAAAUUAUAUUAAAAUCCAUUUUGUAACUAAUUUCAAAUAAAAAAGCUUGCACCAUAUUGAAAA